UUUGUUAGUAUUCAUACUUCCUACAUAUUUAGAACCAAACGGCUUCAAGGUCAAACCGGUUCUGUGAGUUCACUGUGCGCUUCGAGGAUCAAAAGAAUUCGUUGGUACCGUUUUUGAUUUAUUUAAAGAUUUCCUUUGUCAAUCCUCAGAUGUUAUGAGAAUGAAAUCUGAAAUGUACGAACUUGCAUUGCUUGAUAUCUGUCGACAGUAGUAGUCAUUGAAGGGGAGAAUUGAAAUAGAAGAAAAUGCUUGGUGGGUUGUAUGGGGACCUUCCUCCUCCUUCGUCGGCACCCUCAGUCGAUGAGGAGAAAAGCAGCAACUCCGCUGUGUGGUCAAGCAGCACCAAAAUGGCACCGCCAACACUGCGGAAGCCGACAUCUCUCUUCACUCCGCCUCAUUCUGUCCUGAAAAGCCAGCAGUCACUAAACAAACCCAAAGCCAUAAAUUCAUCUCAGACAAGGAACGUAAAUUCAUCUAUCACUUCAUUGGCUUCGUCUGUUGAUGGGAUGAAAAGCCCAUCGUUUCAACCCGCCCUUGUUGGAGUCACAUCCACAGUCAUUGAAGAGUACGACCCUUCAAGGCCUAAUGAUUAUGAGGAGUACAAAAGGGAGAGGAAGAGGCGUGCCAAGGAGGCUGAGAUGAAGAGGGAGCUAGAAAGAAGGCGGAAGGAAGAGGAAGAGAAAGAACGGGAGCGAGAGCAGAGAGAACGAGAGGCAUUGGAAAGGGAAAGGGAGAAGGAUUACAGUGAAUCAAGAGCUUCGUCGUUGAAUAUUUCUGGAGAAGAAGCAUGGAAACGGCGGGCAGCAUUGAGUGGGAGUUUAGGAGGCUCUGCACCAAGGUCACCUUCUCCCCCACCAAAUGUAGAUGGUUUUAGCAUUGGGAAGUCAGGAGCGGGGUUAGGCGUUGGUGCUGGUGGGCAGAUGACUGCAGCCCAAAGAAUGAUGGCUAAAAUGGGUUGGAAGGAAGGGCAGGGGCUUGGGAAGCUGGAACAGGGGAUUACUAUUCCUUUGAUGGCCAAAAAGACAGAUAAACGGGCUGGGGUGAUAGUGAAUGCAAGCGAAUCUAAAUCAGAGAAGAAGACCAAGAGUGUGAACUUCAAUGGCAUACCAACUCGUGUUAUGCUUCUUCGGAACAUGGUGGGACCCGGAGAGGUAGACGACGAAUUAGAAGACGAGGUUGCAUCAGAAUGUGCCAAGUAUGGAACAGUGUCCAAAUGCCUAAUAUUUGAGAUCACGGAGCCCAAUUUCCCGGCAGAGGAGGCAGUCAGGAUGUUUGUACAAUUCGAGAGACCAGAGGAGACGACAAAAGCACUCGUUGAUCUUGAUGGUCGGUUUUUCGGAGGGAGGGUGGUUCAUGCCUCAUUCUAUGAUGAGGAGAAGUUUGGAAGAAACGAGCUAGCUCCAAUGCCAGGGGAGAUCCCUGGUUAUCCUUGACUGAUGUGCAAAGAACAAUGAAGAUGGAAUGUAAGCCAUCAUCUGUCUCUCCAGGAGGUAGGGAAACUGCUAUUGGGUUUUGGCUUCACUGAUAUCGGGAGAGCUAAUCAAACUGUAAUUUUGUAUGGGAAGAAGUUGAAAACAUGACCUUAAAUGCUUGUUCCAUUUUCACUACCCAAUUGAGCUAGUUUACACUGAUUCUAGAAUGAAACAGUAAGUUUUAGUUGGUCAA